AUGGGUGUUUUCGAAGCCAUAUGGUUCGGGACGAAAUCGUCGCUCUUCCUUCCGCUUGCUUGCUCAGCUUUGUGGAUUUGCUAUAAUGUCGGGCUUGUCGUCUAUCGCCUCUAUUUCAGCCCUAUCGCUCACUUUCCGGGUCCCAAGAUCGCGGCGGUGACCUACUGGUACGAGUUCUACUACGACGUUAUUCUAGGCGGGCAGUACACUUUCCGCAUCCUUGACCUCCACAAGCAAUAUGGCCCAGUCGUCCGGAUCAACCCGCGAGAACUACACUUCUAUCCUCCUCAAUUCUACGAAGAGAUUUAUGCGGGCCCCACCCGGCGACGGGAUCGUUGGGAACGCUACACCCAGGGCUUUGGCAUGCCUGGUGCUGGGGCAAGCACGAACCCGCACGACCUGCACAAGGCAAGACGAGCAGCCCUGAGUCCCUACUUCAGCAUGCAAAGCGUUCGGAAACUGCAAAGCGUCAUCGAGGAGAAGGCGGAUCUCUUGAUGGCGAGAUUCAGAGAGUUUGGCAACAUGAGAAAAGAAGACGUAAGGAAACCCUUGAACUUGGAAGUUGCCUUUGCCGCGUAUGCGUCAGAUGUCAUUACCGAGUACGCCUUUGCUCGAAGCGAACAUCACCUCGAAGCUGAGGACUUUGACCCCUGGAUGUUGAAAGCGGCCUCUUCCACAAGCUCACUCGGCCAAAUUGCAAAGCAAAUGUACUGGCUCUUUUGGUUGGUCCUGAAUAUUCCGGAUUGGAUGGCUGAACAACUCGACCCAAAUGGUAAGGGCAUCAAAAACCAAAUCGAAAACAUUCGCAACGGUAUCGACACCGCCCACAAGACGGUCUCGCACCCAACGAUCUUCCACGAAAUACUCGACAGCUCUCUCCCCGCCGCCGAAAAGCGCACUUCCCGCCUCGCAGACGAAGGAGCCACGGUUGUGAGCGCGGGGGCGGUGACCACGGGCUGGACCCUGCCAGUGAUCAUGUUCUAUCUACUGUCCAACCCGACGGUCCUGCAGAAGCUGAAAGAAGAGCUCUACGAAGCAAUACCCGAUCCAACAAAGCCCACACCACUGCCCGAACUCGAACGCCUGCCUUACCUGACGGGCGUUAUCCAAGAAGGGCUGCGACUGAGCUACGGGAUCUGCACGCGACUCGAACGGAUCGCGCAGGACGAGGCCCUCGUGUUCGACGACGGCGCGAGAACCUGGACGAUCCCGCCCGGCACACCGUGCUCGAUGACCAGUUACAUGGUCCAUCGGAACCCGAACAUUUUCCCCGCGCCCCACGAAUACCGGCCCGAACGGUGGAUCGAGAACCCGCGGCUGGACAAGUACCUCGUCAGCUUCUCCAAGGGCAAGAUGCAGUGUCUGGGCAUCAACCUCGCGUACGCAGAGCUCUACCUCAUGGUGGCAAAGCUGUUCCGCGUCUACGGCAGCACGGAGGUGAAGUUUGAUGGUGACAUGGGCUGUUUGGAGCUGUUUGAGACGACUUUUGACAAGGACAUCGACAUGCGGGAGGACAGGUUCAUCCCCUUGCCGAGCAGGGAUACAAAAGGCGUGAGGGUCCUGGUUGAGCUCUACUAG